AUGAGAUCAGACCCGAACACCAGGAAAUCCGACGCCCUCUAUGAGUUCCACCAGGAACGUGGGCACAAAACUGAAGAUUGCAUCACCCUCAGACAAGAAGUCAUAAACACGUUGCGGCAACGGCACCUCAAAGAGCUGUUAAGCGAUAAGGGGAGAACCAACUUCGUUAGAGGACGUGAACAUCAAGGCCCGCCGAAGCCGCCAUCGCCAGCUCGUACUAUCAACAUGAUCAUCGGUGACAGUGAUGACGCCUAUACCAACGGAGUGAAGUUCACCACCACUCACAAGCUCAAGCGGUCUAUCACCCACGAACGAUACAACGGACUCGAAGAAAGUAUCAUCUUUGAUGAGUCGAAUACCAACGGUUUGACUUUUCCUCAUAAUGAUGCCCUUGUUAUUACUUUACAUAUUUUAGAUACAGAUGUCAAACGUGUCAUGAUGGAUGAUGGAAGUGGGGCAUGCAUUAUCCAUUCCCGAGUCCUUACACAAAUGAGACUCGAGGAUAAGAUAGUAUCGCGCUGCAUUACACUAACCGAUUUUAAUAAUGUAGUUAAGCGGACAUCGGGGGAAAUUACACUCCCCGUCAUGGCCGGUGGUGUGACGUUGGAGACGACAUUCCACAUUAUAGACCAGGCCACCGCAUAA